AUGUUAGAAGGAAUCACAACGAGGAGGAUUGUGAACGACGCUGGCGAGGCGGAGACUGCGGUGGAAACAGCCGGAGGAAGCGGAAAAAGAAGUGGAGACGGUGGUUUUGGCAGUGACGACGGCAGAGGUGGAGGAGGAGAUUCAAUUCUCCGCGAGAUGGGUGAUGCUAGAUGUACGGAGGAUGAGGAAGAAGAAGACGACGAAGACGAAGAGGAUGAAGACGGUGGAGGAGAAGAGGAAGAAGGAGGAGGAGGAGGGAAACAGGAAAGGUCAAAGCUUGAUGAAGGGUUUUUCGAAAUUGAUGCUACUCGUCGCAAGAGAGUUCGCAAAGGAAGGGUCCAGUAUCUAAUUAAAUGGCGUGGAUGGCCAGAAACUGCCAACACAUGGGAGCCUAAAGAGAAUCUCCAGUCUAUCGCUGAUGUUAUAGAUGCAUUUGAAGGAAGUUUGAAGCCAGGGAAGCCUGGAAGGAAACCAGGAAGGAAAUGUAAACAAGGAGGUUCUUCUAAUUCUCAGUUGAAGAAGAAGCAGCAACGUUUAACAUCUACUACAUCACACGAUGCUUCUCAGAGAUCAGACUCUUUUACAUCUCUCAACAACUCCAGCCUUCCCAACAUUGGUGGUCCACUCAACGACAUCUGCGGUUCGGGAGAUGGGGAAACUGCUUAUGCAGCCAACAGCAAGAGGAGUGUUGGUAUGGAAACAGAGGAGAAAGAUUAUGAUCCGACGCUUAGCGAGCUGAUGGGACCAGUCGUUAACAGUAACGGCACUGCAGAGUGUUCCCAAGGAGGACGAGGCAUUGAUAACGUAAGACCAAAUGGGCUCCUCAAGGUGUAUCCUAAGAACAGUCAGUUCAUAGGUGCUAAGAGAAGGAAGUCUGGUUCGGUGAAAAGAUUCAAACAAGACGCAUCCACAAGUAACAACAACAACAACAACCACACAACAACAGCAGCUACUGAUCAGAAUGUGACACAAGAGCUGGCUACGUUAGACUCUUUUGGGGGAGUGGCGAGGAUAGGGAACGAGUAUCCUGGUGUGUUGGAGAAUAACAAUCUCUCUCAGAAAAUCAAGAUGGAGGAGCUGGAUAUUGCGAAGAUCCUCAAACCGGUGAAGUUUUCUUCAUCUGUGACGAACAAUGUACAAGACGUGUUGGUGACCUUUUUGGCUCUAAGAUCUUAUGGAGAGGAAGUGAUGGUAGACAACAGAUUCCUCAAGGCUCACAUCCCUCUUAUGAAUGGGGAGUUCGAGUGGAUCAAGGCAUGGUAAGUGCUUUCAAUGUGAUGAACGAGGGCACUAUGCGAGAGACUGCAAGAGAGAGUCAUCAAGAGGAGGAAGUUGAAGUCGAGUACUUGAUGUUAGCGGAUGAAGCAUUAGGUAAUUGCACUUACAGUGAGGAUGUGUGGAUGAUAUACCCCACUGGUGUUACGAAUCAUAUGACUCCAUAUAAGAAGUACUUUACCGCUUUGGACAGAACAUAUAAAGCUAAGGUUGGAUUGGCAGAUGGAAAGUUUCUCAGGGUUGAAGGAAGAGGAGAUGUGAAGAUUAUGAUGAAGGAUGGGAAGAAGAAGACGAUUAAGAAUGUGCUUUUCGUUCCUGGGUUGAACAGAAACGUGUUGAGUCUUAAUCAGAUGAUAGCAAGAGGCUAUUCAGCAUUCACGCCACCAGGCAAGUGCACUUUUUUCGACCGGACUGGAGCAGUGUUUGGGGACCCGGUGCAGGAUGAGAGAGGACCAGCUCUGCAUUUGCAGGUGAUUGAAGGUAAUCUCACCUAUUGAUUAUCAGAACUUUUCACUUUGGAAGUAGAAGUAACUCUUAAGGUGGUGGACGUAUGUGUUGUUUUUUUUCUUUUGGUUUGGUGUUUUUUCAGUUCGUAAUAUAGAUUUUCUUUCCUGCGUUUUCUGAUUCCUUGCACAAUUCAUUUUCAUCCUUACCAUGAUUCCUUCAUUAUAUCAGGGAAUGCUUAUAGCUUGAGACUGUAUAACUUCUUGGUAAUCUAAUCCAGAUUCUAACUAUGUUAAGUUACUCCC